GUGAUUUUCCAGCCACCUUCCACGCACUACCCAUCUGGCAAAACCUCCCCUUAACCGCCCUCUGCGGCUGUUGGAGCAGUGAGGCAAAAACAACGACGCUAACUCUGGAGCUAUAAAAGUAGCAACGGGGGCUCCCGUUUAAAGCGCCGCAGCGCAGUGUCAUCCACCGCCACUCUCUCUGAAACGGCUGUCUGUUUCUGAGAAGUGCUCACUAAUACUCCGGAAAACCACCGCCGCCGCACAUCCACCGAGGAAAAAUUACCAACCCAAAAGCAAAAAUGGUGCAAAACAAGAUAACCGAAGUCACUGGAUUCCACCGCUCUUUCAAGGGUCAAAACCCGUUUGAAUCAGACGAUUUCACCAAGAAUGGAUCCCAUCUUCUUGAUUCAUCAUUUAAUUUUGAUUCCUCCCCAAGACACGACAUGCCUUCCAGUCAGCCUAUUGAUAUUCCUGAUGCCAAGAAGAGAAACAAAAAGAAGAAGCGUUGCCGAGCAACUGACAGUUUCUCUGGACGAUUUGAGGAUGUCUACAGGCUCCAAGAUGAGGUAUUGGGUGAGGGCGCUUAUGCCAGAGUGCAAACAUGCAUCAGUCUCAUCACCAACAAAGAAUAUGCCGUUAAGAUCAUUGAAAAAGGACCAGGACACAGCCGCAGCCGUGUCUUUCGAGAAGUUGAGAUGCUCUAUCAGUGCCAGGGUCACAGGAAUAUUCUGGAGCUGGUGGAGUUCUUUGAGGAAGAAGACAAAUUCUACUUGGUGUUUGAAAAGCUCAGAGGAGGGUCAGUAUUGGCACAGAUUCACAAGAGGCAGCGCUUCAGUGAGCAGGAAGCCAGCGUUAUUGUUCAUGACAUCGCCAGUGCUCUGGAUUUCCUGCACAACAAAGGAAUGGCGCAUCGAGAUUUGAAGCCUGAAAAUAUCCUCUGUGAAAGCGCAGACAAGAUAUCACCAGUCAAGAUAUGCGACUUUGACUUGGGUAGUGGGAUCAAGUUAAACAGUGAUAGUUCACCAAUCUCCACCCCUGAACUGCUCACUCCUUGUGGCUCAGCAGAGUACAUGGCACCUGAGGUAGUUGAGGCCUUCAGUGAAGAGGCUACAAUCUAUGACAAGCGCUGUGACCUCUGGAGCCUGGGAGUCAUCCUCUACAUCAUGCUCAGUGGCUAUCCGCCCUUUGUCGGCCGCUGCGGCAGAGACUGUGGCUGGGAAUUUGGAGAACCGUGUCACACCUGCCAGAACACUCUGUUUGAAAGUAUUCAAGAGGGAAAGUAUGAUUUUCCAGAGAAGGAAUGGGCUCACAUUUCCUCAAGUGCCAAAGACCUGAUAUCCAAACUUCUGGUUCGGGAUGCCAAAAACCGCCUCAGUGCCAGGCAGGUGCUGCAGCACCCCUGGGUGCAAGGGGGUGCAUCUGAUGCUUUAUCAACAUCCAUCUUACAUCAGAGAAGCAGCUGUACCAGAGAUCUGACAUUUUUUGCUGACAAAGCCAUGGCUGUGAACCGACAGCUGGCUGAACAGGAUGGCAUGGAAGAUCAGCAGCAGCAGGAAGCUCCAUUUGUGGUGACUGCUUCUGGCUCUUCUGUGCACCUCUCCCCUCCUUCCAACUCCCAGCUGGCCAGGCGCAGGCAGCGGAGCAGCCAGCCUAAAGGCGGGCCCGUUUCUGCUGCGGAGCUACGUCAACUCCUGGCCCCUCUAGUCAUCGUUGGAGACUGUGCUUGAACUUGUGUCAACCUGGAAUCCCAGCCCUUCUUUACAGGUUCAGAUCAGUGACGACAUUGAGACUCCUCUCCCAGUAAUGGUUCCUCUGACUUUAGCUGGCCUUGGUCCCUCUGCAAUUUAGGCUUUUAUUGCCGAGCUGCGAAGGGAGAAGCUGCUUGCAGCUCUUUUUCAAAAUGCCUUCUGCCCUUAUGCAGCACUUUGAAAGCACAUCAGCACAUGUCCUGCGUAAAGCAAUGUGCACAUUCAGGUUUGGAAGGAGGGCCAGUUGAUUGCUUUGCCCCCCCCCCCCCCCCCCCCCCCCCCCCCGGGUCACAACAUUUAUCUUGAAACUAAGCUCCAACACCAAAGGACUAACUGUUCUGCUGCUCCCAUGUUACAGCUGGAUCCACUGUGAAUUAAGUUACUGGAAUGUUCUCUCUGCCUGUAUGUAAAUGCAUGAAUGACUGGUCUGCAGAUGCAUACAAGCUUAUGCAAUAUGCCAAGAUGAAGGCUGUGUGGAAAAGGUUUUGGUGUUUAGGAGGGGGGGGUUGAAAGAGCUGUGAGCCGCUGCUGUCCGUGCCUGGUGUGGUCCAUCAUGUGGCUGGGGACUGCUCUAAAGAUUUUCUGUUAAAACUGCAUUUAAGAUGAAUUCCUCACAUCUGAGCCUCUUGUGAUGUCCGAGACGGAACGUGCACUCAUCUUGUUUAGUGGCCAUGCACUUAAUGCUUCAAGAGAAAACAAUACUCACCUAUUGCAUACCACCAAUAACUAAUUCAUUUUUUUAUUUUUAAGCCAUAAAUGCCAAACCAUUUAUGGUCCCAGAAGCAAAGUCUUACUGUAAAAGUCUUUGGUUGUAAACAGCCACCCAGAAACAAAGACUUCAGGAUAUGAAGCUUGUAUUUCUGCUGGGGUCAUCCAGGCGAAUGUAUGAUGUAAACUUGGGUCAGUGUUACUUUCAUUGUAGACGAUCUGUCCCUUUGCAAACAUUUAUAUAGUUUAUUUUUUUGUAUAUUUUUUUUAUUUUUUUUUUUCCCUCUGACAUUUCUGCAAAAGUUUAACCUGAACCAUUUUUUUUUUUUUUUUUUUUUUUUUGGAGUAAAGGUUAGAACUCCUGGUAACGGGGUUUGAAAAGCACAUUUUGGGCACUGUGACCAGAGUAAUUUGUUGAUCAAAUACAUUUGCGACUUAUUUGGAGCACAUACUUGUAGGUGGUAUUUUUUUCCUUUGAGAUGCACCUUCCAGAAAAAUUCUCACACGUUUAGAGGCUGAAAUGUUUCCAACUAAAAUGGGAUCCGGGGGGGGCGGCAAGAAUGAAAAAGGGAUGAACAUUCCACAACUCUGCAUUUAGUUGUAUUUAUAAGUUUACUUUGUUUUAAAAACUCCAUUUUAAUGUGCCACUUUUUUUUUUUUUUUUUUUUUUUUUUUUUUUUUAAAAACCGCUGUUGAUAAGCUUUCAUUUUUCUGUAUGGUGACAGUCAUGCAGGUGCUGUUCAGGUGAAACAUCAGAUAUUUUACUUAAGUUCUUGGUGUACUUUAUAUUUUUUGGAGCUGGAGCGUUUAUGCCCAGUGAAGGUGAUUUUUUUUUUUUUUUUUUUUUUUUUUUUUUUUUUUUCAGUUUUUAAUUUUUUUUUUAUAUAAAUAAGAGUUGGCAAUAAUCUUUGUCAUAAAGAUCACUCUGCAACUGACAGGUGAUGGACUGGUGAGGUUUUUGAUUUGUGGCCACCUCACCAAAGAAGCUUUAAAGUCAGGAUGGCGAGACGGUGAUGUCACCGAUCAAUGCGCAGAGGGGAAACUUCUGAUUGUCCAUGUCCUGUUGCUGGCACUGCAGCAGUGGUACUCUGGAAAUGGUGUCCCAGGCGCCAUUCUGCUGGUUAAAGGACACUGUAAUAGUUCAAAAAAUACCUUCCAACAGAUGCAUCAUUAUGAAGUUUAAUGUCUUAUAAUAAGACUUACUUGAAUUUGUGUAUGCAGCUGUUUUAUUUUUUUUCUCCAGUUUUGGAAACUUGUACCUUUAAAUUUAAAGCAUUAAGCUGGUGAUCAAGGCAAUCUUGGGGGUUUCAAAGAUGCCCCUAAAAAAAACUCAGUAUUUUUUUUUUAGCUUCAUACAAGUUUGUCCCUACUUUCUGAUGGGGUUCGAUACUGGAAACGCACAGAUUUUGGCCACAUUCUAAUAUCUUCACGUAUUGGAAGUUCUUUCUUUGGUCAUUAGCAUUUCUGUCACAGGGCAGACAUUUUUAGACUGCCUUUUAUUUGGGAAAGUGGGACACUUUUUUUUUAUUUUUAAAAUUUUUUUUUUAAUUAUGUCUCCUUGAAGUAACAAGUGUUUCAACUGUCAUUUACUCAAACUGGUGGUACAUGAACCUUCCCAGUUUGACAGUAGCCCACAGGCAAGGCAUUUUCAACCCAGCAAAGUAGAUGAAAUGUUCAAAUCUCUUCAGUGUGGUGUUGGGCUACACUCUGGUCCUCUCCAGCAUAUUUUUGAGCUGAUGCCUGUUUGUAACACUGAAACUGCCCCGAGCCGUGGCUGUUUAGGGGGAGAAUUUACAAAAAUAAUUCAAAUACAGAAAUAUUUUUGAUUUAAAAUAAGCACUUUACUGUACCAUGUGAAUGAUUGCAGUUCAUGCAAAGCAAAACUGAUACGUUGACAAAGAAUUUUGUAUUGCUUUUUUGUAAAAAAAGAGAAGAAAAAAAAUAAAAAUACUUUAAAAUUCA